UAGAAAAAAAUACGCAUACUACACUUGUGUCUCGUAAUUGGUUGGAGAGAGCUAAAGGUAGUAUGGCGUAGAUUUUUUGGUGGCCUGCUUUUUUUUUGGUUGAAUUCUUCUUUAUCAUCGUGUGCCGUUGGCACAAUAAUCGGUGGUUAUCAGCGAGUGAGAAGUGUUAUGAGAGCAUAAAUAAAUUGCUUACUGUCGAGUGGUCUCGGAGUUGGUGGGAGAAGACAGGUAAAAAGAGCGGGGACAUACGUGGGUCAUUCGUGUCGUGAUUUUUUUUUCGGGUGUUUCUGGUUAAUCGACGAGAAUUUUUGAGUUGCCAUUGGGGAAGAGACUGGACAUAAUGAGUGUCGAUGCGUAUGGACCCAGCAGCCAGACCCUGACAUUCCUGGACACCGAGGAGGCUGAUCUCAUUGGUGCUGACACACAGGGAAGUGAAUUUGACUUUACUGACUUUACGUUGCCAUCACCGAGUCAGACACAGGCGUCACAGCAUGAUCAUGGGCAGAGCCAGCAAAGUCAGCCGAUCCAGAUCAAUGGAACAAACGGAAGUUCAGCUCUCGAUCUCAAGAUUUCUGGUGCAGCUCAGAACCUGGCAGAGCUGCAGUUCGAGGAGGAAGAGGAAGAGGCAUUCUACAAUCGUGACUUGCCAGAGCACGCGUGCAAGUACUGCGGGAUUCACGAGGCCUCGUGCGUUGUUAUGUGCAACGUCUGCAGGAAGUGGUUCUGCAAUGGUAGAGGCAACACCUCGGGAUCACACAUUAUUAAUCACCUGGUGAGAGCCAAGCACAAGGAAGUAACUCUACACAGGGAUGGACCCCUGGGUGAAACCAUUCUGGAAUGCUACUCUUGCGCUGUCAGGAACGUCUUCGUCCUUGGAUUUAUUCCUGCCAAAGCUGAUUCGGUCGUUGUAUUGUUGUGCAGACAACCUUGUGCUGCGCAGAGUUCACUGAAGGACAUGAAUUGGGAUCAAGAGCAAUGGAAGCCCCUGAUCGAGGACCGUAGUUUCCUUGCGUGGCUGGUGAAAAUUCCCUCGGAGCAGGAGCAGCUCCGAGCGCGUCAAAUCUCAGCUCAGCAGAUAAAUAAACUUGAGGAGCUGUGGCGUGACAACGUGGACGCGACAUUCCAGGAUCUGGAGAAACCUGGAGUGGACGAGGAGCCCCAGCAAGUACUCCUGCGUUACGAGGAUGGCUAUCAGUACCAAAAUAUUUUCGGUCCUCUGGUGAAGCUCGAGGCGGACUACGACAAACGCCUGAAGGAAUCCCAGACUCAGGAGAACAUCGAGGUCCGUUGGGACGUCGGUCUUAACAAGAAGACAAUCGCUUACUUCAUGCUGGCGAAGACAGACGGUGAUAUGAAGCUCAUGCACGGUGAUGAGUUGAGGCUCCGCUAUCUGGGAGAAAUCCACAAGCCCUGGUCAGGGAUAGGACACGUCAUAAAGAUCCCAGAUAACUACGGUGAAGAGGUUGGCAUCGAAUUGAAGAACAAUUCAGGUGCUCCAACCGAGUGUACCUGCAAUUUCGUGGUGGAUUUUAUCUGGAAAAGCACGAGCUUCGAUAGAAUGCAGCUUGCACUUCGAAAAUUCGCCGUGGAUGACUCAUCUGUAUCUGCGUACAUCUAUCAUCGUCUGCUGGGGCACGAGGUGGAGGAGGUGCUCUUUCGUUGUCACUUGCCGAAGCAUUUCAGUGCCCCCAACCUGCCAGAUCUCAAUCGCUCGCAGGUUUAUGCCGUCAAGCAUGCUGUACAACGUCCCCUGUCUUUGAUCCAGGGGCCCCCGGGUACAGGAAAGACAGUGACGAGCGCAACGAUCGUUUAUCAACUGGUAAAACAGAAUGGAGGACCAGUCCUGGUGUGUGCUCCAUCGAACACCGCAGUCGACCAACUCACUGAAAAAAUUCACAAGUCCAAUCUCAAAGUGGUUCGCCUCUGUGCUAAAUCCAGGGAAGCUAUCGACUCCCCAGUCUCCUUCCUCGCUCUUCACAAUCAGAUAAAAAAUAUGGAGACCAACACUGAGCUGCAGAAGCUCCAGCAGCUCAAGGAUGAGACUGGAGAGUUAUCAUCAGCUGAUGAGAAACGUUACAGAUUACUGAAGAAAGCUGCUGAGAAGGAGCUCUUGGAGGCUGCUGAUGUUAUCUGCUGUACAUGUGUGGGAGCUGGGGAUCCUCGCCUCCACAGACUAAAGUUCCAUUCGAUUCUCAUCGAUGAGAGCAUGCAGGCAACUGAGCCUGAGUGCAUGGUACCAGUGGUACUGGGGGCUAAACAGCUGAUUCUCGUUGGAGAUCAUUGUCAACUGGGGCCUGUUGUGAUGUGCAAGAAAGCAGCACGAGCUGGACUGUCUCAGUCUCUCUUCGAACGACUCGUUGUCCUGGGGAUAAGACCUUUCAGACUCGAGGUUCAGUACAGAAUGCAUCCAGAUUUAUCGAGAUUCCCCUCGAAUUUCUUCUACGAGGGUUCACUCCAGAAUGGUGUUUGCGCAGACGAGAGAAAACUCGUGAAGAUUGACUUUCCCUGGCCAGUGCCAGACAAACCAAUGUUCUUUUAUGUGACUCAAGGACAGGAGGAGAUAGCAGGAAGUGGUACUUCGUACCUGAACAGAACCGAAGCAUCGAACGUGGAGAAAAUCACCACGAGAUUUCUUCGUUGUGGAGUUAAACCUGAGCAGAUUGGUGUUAUCACUCCCUACGAGGGACAACGAGCCUAUCUCGUACAGUACAUGCAGUAUCAGGGCUCCCUGCACUCAAAGCUCUACCAAGAGAUCGAAGUAGCAAGUGUUGACGCCUUCCAAGGACGCGAAAAGGACAUAAUCAUCAUGUCGUGUGUCAGAUCGAACGAACACCAGGGCAUUGGUUUCCUGAAUGAUCCCAGGAGGCUGAACGUCGCCCUGACUCGAGCCAAAUACGGUAUCAUAAUCGUUGGCAAUCCAAAGGUCCUAUCCAAGCAACCACUGUGGAACCACCUCCUGAGUUUCUACAAGGAGCAGAAAGUGCUAGUGGAGGGGCCCCUGAACAAUCUCAAAGAAUCGAUGAUUCAGUUUGCAAAGCCCAAGAAAUUAAUCAACUCGGCCAAUCCAGGCUCUCACUUCAUGUCGACCUCGAUGUACGAUGCCAGGGAGGCCCUGAUACCAGGAUCAGUGUAUGAUAGAUCUGGCGGCCAGAUGAAUGGCAAUCAGAGCCACAAUCCUUACUACCAGAGGAAUGUACCCCUCGACAUGUUCAGUAGAACUCACGACACAAUAAGCUACAUAAGCCCUGAACGGGCUCAGGCAGCCAUGAAUAAUGUUCCAGUGCCUGUGGGGAUGUUCAUGAAUAUGGCUCAUGUGCCACCCCGGUUUUACAAUCAGCAUCAACAGGCACUGCAGGCAAGACAGAACCAGAGGAAUCGUCGUAAUCCUGGGGGAAUGAAGGGAAAAGGACCCAGAGUUGGUAAAUUGAGUCAGAACGAUCAGAACACUCAGCCCUUCAGUCAACCAGGACUACCACUGACUCAAGGAACUACUCAGGGAAUGUCACAGCCUGGAUUCAGUCUGUCCCAGCCUGGUCUCAGUCAGGCUGAACUCUCCCAGGACUCGUUUGCCGUUGGUGAUUUCCAGUCGCAGAUGGAUGGACUCCUCUCGCAGGAUUCCACUUACCAGGGGGACAGGAGUGGAUUUUAUCAGGGACAGUCCCAGCCUGGACAAUUCUCGCAGCCGUAUUGAGCCGUCCAGAUGUGGCUGGUCAAUCCAUUCGCCAUGCAGUGUCGCGGGAGCGACUGAGGAGGCUCGUACAAACUUCUUUGAGACAAUUAAAAAAAAAAACAAAUUAUUACAGACAUUAAAACAUCGAGAGUAUUAUUAUAACAACGGGGGAGAUCGGUGAUGCUGCAAGAGACGGUUGGGACUCCGGUGGGAUUGAGAUAAUUCAUUGUUCGUUCUGCCUAUGGAAAAUAAUGGAUAAUAACGGAAAAUAAUGGGAUAUGAUGGAAAAUGAUAACGAGGAGCUGAAAGGUGGAGUCGACACCGUUGCAGGUGACUACUUAGCAGGAAAUGGUGGAAAUUGAACACCUGAGGGAUCCAGAGGUUCGUCGAGGCAGAAUUGACUUCGUGCAUUGUAAUGCAAGAUGAUGAUCGACUGAUCGAUUCACGGGAGCGAUGGUGAGGUGAGGGUGAGCUCUUGGUGGGUCUGUGGACACCGCCAGGCACCCUUUACUAUUACGAUUUAUCUUUAUUUCUUUAUUGAAACAACUCCAGGGCAUCCACGACCUCAUUGGGGUAAUAUCCUCUGGUAAUCGUUAACUUCGAGGGGAAAUGUUACUGAGUUUGAUCUUUAUUUUCGUUAUUUCGUUAAUUAUGUAGUGACGGCUGUUCUCGUGAGUUUUUGAGCAUCAGGGGAGGGAGGUCUCAGAAGGGGGAACAUUUUUUGGUGUGAUUUUAUGGUUUUAUUGGAGGGAUGGAGAAUCAAAGUGUCUUUAUUGAAACAUUACGGGGUUUUAUGUGGGAACUCUCUCUGGACCUCGGGGGAAUGAUGACUUCCGGGAAAUGUAUUCAGUUUUGGAGACUUUUUCGAUAGUUCACGAGUUAUAACUUGCAAAGAGUAGAGUAAGGUAGUAUAACGCAACUUAAAAUUUUAUUUUUAUCUCUUUUUUUUUCUUGGCGGAUGAUUUUUAGUUUUUGGUUACUUCGUGGGGAUGAUGGGGGGGAACAGAACAGCACGCUGCUAAUCGCAAAUUUAUUAUGAACAGAACAGAAACAGUCACUGUACAAUUUGAUGGUAUCAAUAAAUUCGAUGUGGAAAAUGAGAAUGGGGGUUUAUUUUUUUACAAAAAUGCAUUUAUUUAACAACGAAGUGAAAGUUACAAUGAAUUUAUUUUGUCUGACUGCCUGAAUUAUCUGGAAUAUCCAGAAAAUUCCUAUAGAAAUUUACGACAGUUUUUUUUUAACUGAUCAAUGAUUUUUUUUUUGACAUUACAAUUUCAUCUGGCAUUAGUAAACUUUUCCAAAUUUUGUACAAAUCAAUUUAUCAUUCAAAUACUUCGAAAAAUAGUCUUAAAUCAAUGGUGCUAAUUUUUUUUCUAAUAUUUCCCCGCCCACAUAACUUUUUCACUUGAAAAAAAAAA